CUGCAAAACAUGCUGUUACAGCAUGGGACCUUAAUUCGAUUGUAUAUCAAACAAUCGUCACGCAACAAAUACAGAGAUCACGCGUGUUCUCUUUAUGUAUAAAUGGAAUUGGAGGAGGGAGUGCUCUGAUCACCCAAGUCCUCAUAAUAUAGAGAAUUAACUUCAAAGGUCUCUUGUUGCAUGAUUUAGAUUGGGUGUCGUGUUUGUGCAGAGAUUAGGAAGAUCACUGUAGGAAAAAUAAUGGGAUCAACCAAAUAUCACCAGAAGUCAUUUAGAACGAUGCAUUCUCAUGAAAAUCCUGAGAAUAGUACUAGAAUCAACAGAAGAAUAAACAAGCUGCAAGCAGAGAUGGCAGAGAUAAGCAAGCAACAUGAAGAGAUCAAACAAGGGCAAAAGGAAAUGAGAGAAAGGUUUGAAGAGAUAGAUUCAGAAUGUGAGCAACUCAAAAAAGAGACUGAAGUUAUAUCUCAUGCGAGCGACAACGUGCAACUUCGUCUCAAUAUCAUGCUUGAUAUCUUGAAGGCACGACAACAGGAUGGCUUUGCGAAAGUUUCCGAUCCGACUGGCUCUCUCCGUGGAUCAAUUAUGAAAUAACAGCAGCACCUGUUAAAGGAAAACGAACAAACGGAGGCUGCAUGCCCAAUCGCGACGGAAGAAGCGGUCUAGUUUUAUUCGAACGACUUGAUAUAAGAUUUUUAGGGAGUUUAUUUUCAACUUAUUUGUAGUUAUCCUUUGAUUAUCGACCUUGUAAUAAAGCAAUCGGUAUAAUUAUAUGUAUGCUGUAGCCUGUGUUUAUGUAUUUACGUAUGGGGUUUUGCCUAUUAUUUGGUCAUUGUGCUUUUAAAUUCUUUAAUUAAAACCUUGUAUGUUUUUUUCUA